UGUGGAUUAUAUUUCAGCGAGUUUCUAUGCACUCUUUUAAAAACGGGAAAGCGAUCGAAUAAUUUGAAAGAGAAUGCGGGUGUACGAGUGUGAAUAAAUAAAUUGUUAUUUGGAUACACAAAAGUGAUAAAUUAUUAACAUCUUGUUUAAAAAAUAUUUUGAAGUCCUUUGGAAAUAAUAGAAAAUUGUGCUCUGAACGCAUAGGCGCUUUUUUUUUUUAUUAUAUUUUCUGCAGUUGAAAGAAGGGUGAAAAGUAAGCGGCUACUUUCACGUAUUGAACACCUUUUAACAUAUUGAGACUUGUAAAAUGGUUGAUUAUUACAAAGUGCUCGACAUAUCGCGAGAUGCGACAGAAAGCGAAGUGAAGAAAGCUUAUAAAAAAUUGGCAUUGAAGUGGCAUCCUGAUAAAAAUCCUGACAAUUUAGAUGAAGCAAAUAUGCGAUUUAGAGAACUAUCUGAGGCCUACGAAGUUUUGUCGGAUGCACGUAGACGGAAAAUUUAUGAUACACGUGCGACGCUACAGAAGGAAGCUUCAACAUACAACUACGCCAAAAGCAGUGGAUAUACGAACGGCAGUGGUUAUAGAUACCGAACCCGUGCUGAUCCUAAACGCGACUACAAUUACAACUAUAAAGAUGACGAACACUGCAGACAUGAUAAUAAUUCAAGUAAACAUGGGAACCGAUAUCACUCCUUUACUUUUCGCAAUUUAUUUGAAUGGACACCAUUCCAUAAAUUAUUUGAAAAAAAACGUCGUCUUUAUGACCAAUAUGGUAAAGAGGGGCUGUUGGGUGAUCGGGGACAUCAUCGAUCUUCACGGCACCAUCAUACGCAUGACUACGAUGACUUCGACAUAAUGGGUGGUUUCCCAUUUGUAUUUCGGCCACCAGAGGAAGUAUUCCGCGAAUUUUUCGGUGUAAAUUCACCGUUCGCUGAUUUAUUUAGAGAUGUACAUAGUUACCCUCAGUCGAACAGACACAAUAACGGGCUUAGCAGCAGUGGACGUCAACAUGUCGGCACUAAAUUGGCCUCACCAUUUGGAGCGCCAAUGCUGAACUACUCUAUGAUGGAUUUUAUGAUGCCGUCCAAUGGAUUUACUUCAUUCAGCUCAUUCAAUUCAGUUCCAAAUGGACGGGGUGGUGCGGCAAAUGGCGCCGUCAAACGCACAUCAACUUCAACAACAUUCGUUAACGGCAAAAAAUUAAUGACUAAACGAGUCUAUGAAAAUGGAAAGGAGACUGUAUUUUCAUACGAAAACGAUGUCCUGAAAUCAAAGACUGUGAAUGGAGUUACACAGAAACUCUCUUCAAUUACAAAUUAAGUCAUAAACUUAACAGAAAGAAUAAAAGAGGAAAAUCAAUCAAAAUUAUGCCACAUGUAACUCUCCUCCCUAAGCCUAGGAUUUUUCCACUACCAUAGAUCAGUUAAUUUCGUUAUUAUUUUUUUACGAAUAUCUGUAAUGAUAAUGUAUGUAUACAUAUAAAUUAAUUAGUAAUUAAUGAAGAGAAUGAAUUUGAUGAUUCUCCUCUAUUUUACGUUUAUUUCUAUUAUUCAUAAGAGUCAGUAUAAAUGAGAGGUAUAAUUUUAAAGAGAUAUGAAUUGAUUAAAAGUAAGAAUUGAGGACAUUUUCAUUCAUAUUUGAUAGAAAGGAUUAAAUCUCUAAAAAUUAUGGAAUGCCAGCUAAAAUAUUUUUUUUUUACCACAUACUCGAGAAUGAUUCACCCUGUAACUAAAUUUCAAAUAUAUAUAUAUACAUUUGAUUAUAAAUUAAAUAAUUAGAAGAUCUGAAGUGAAUAAAAACCCAAAACCAUCAAUUAAGUGGAUUAUUAAAAUAUAGCAAUGUAGAGAAAUUUAAUUAUUUUAACAGAAAAGUACUUUGUUCAUUUAUUUGUCAUUUAAUUAUGAGUUAUAUUUUUUUAUAUAAAUGACAAAUGAAAUGUGAUAAAUGCCCACAUUUCGUAAAUAAUCAAAUAUAUUGACAUUAGGCUGAAAGAAGUCGGAUGAAUAAUGUUUAUUAACAAAUUUAUUUAUUAAUUAUAAAGUGUAUUUUUUAUCUUUUACCUGAAUAUAUAAAAUCAACAAAAUUAGUAUACUACGAAUUAUUAGAAAAGACCAACAGGCAUGUUAAGUUAUAUAACUAAUCCGGAAAAGGGCGCCGCACUCAAACAUACAUGCCACCAAAUAAAUGUUGCUCUUGAAUUAUAUGAUUUAUAUGAUGCCAGAUAUUAAUAAUUUUCUAUUUUGUAGUGUAUUUUUUAUUCUUUGUAUACAUGGGCAAAUUAUAAAAAUCGAAUUAAGAAGUAUGGAAGUCAUAUAGCAAAAAUUGUGAAUGUAAUAAUUUUGAAUGUGAAAAGGGAAAUAGUUUCAUAAUAUCUAGAAGGUAGUGAAUUAUAUAUCUAACAAGUUAAUAAAAGUAAAGAGAUUUGCUUCAGCUCCAGAUUUUUAAGUAUAAUAUAUAUGAUUUAAAUAUCAAAGAAGGUUAUACAAUUUAGAAAUAAACACGAGAAUAUGAAAACA